AUGUCACAGUUUGACGGUUGGCUCCUCACUGUACUUCUGGUCUCUGUCUGUUCCCUGUUUGAAUCAAAAGGUAACACCUCACAUUGUGGUCAGAGUGGAAAGUGCCCAUUUACUGUACUGUAUUUGCAAUCUUUAAUUAAACCACCUACCUCAAUUCCAGCUUACUAGAUACUUGUUGAGAUAUUUACUUUUGUGAUGGGUGUCAUACACUCACUCUAGUAACUUAAAAUGGAACUCAAUUCUGUGAUAUGAUUAAGCUACACAACGCAAAUCUCUGCUCUUGAGGCCCUUGUCAAUGUCUGGGUUGCAGACAUCAGUAUUGUAUAUGAAUGCCACUUAGCAGACACUUAUUUUCUUCAAAGCAGCUUACAGUACAUAGGCCUACUUUUUUUAGGUGUUGUGAUCACUGCGGGAAUUGAACCCACAACCCUGCCAUUGUUACCGUCAUGCUCUUACCAACUGAGCCACACAGGACUAAAGCAUUGUGCCCGCUCUGGGGUGAAGUUUCCCCUAGGUACAUAUCUAGGAUCAGCUUCCCCUCCCCCAAUCUUAACCUUAACCGAAAAUGCGAAACUGACCCAACAUCAGCGUCUAGGGGCAACUUCACCCUCCUCCGUUGUACCCAGUGUUUCUGGAGCAGAGGGAUGCAGUGCAGCUGCUCCGAGGGGCCCGGCGGCCCAGGGCCAACUUCUUCCUUGAGGAGAUGAUGCCCGGCAACCUGGAGCGGGAGUGCUAUGAGGAGACCUGCUCCCAGGAGGAAGCUGCUGAGAUCUUCCAGACCAAGGAGAAAACGGUACUAGAACAACUCUGGUCCAGGGAAUACGCACUAAUGAACGCUCUGUUUAUACUUUGCAGUUUGCAAUAACAUGUGUCCUAUGUCCAGAUUUUGACCACAUUCUGAUUGUGCCCUCAUCUGGUCACAGAUGGUCCGAUAA